AUUUCGUCACAUCGCCGCCAUGCCGAGUCUUGACAUAUCAUCGAAUCAUUUGGAAGCCUCAGCCAAUGGGCACCACUUACCGGCCGACCUCAGGCAGAUGCAGGCGCGUCUGCCUCUCCCAUCAGUUGCCCCCGGAACCAUAGAUCAUGCCUCCAUGACAGAUGAGGAGGCUGCGGUCCAAGCACGCGACGUGUUGCAGACGAUGAACAAGGCGCUGGCAGCGGGCGACGUCAAAGCUCUGGCGGAAUGCUUCUUCCCUGGCCAAGCAUAUUGGAAAGAUCAGCUGAGUUUGACCUGGCACCUGCGCACAUUGACAGGCCCUGAAACAAUCGCUGCCGGGCUCAUAGAAACGUCGCGGCUGCGGGCGCUGGCGGGAGAGAUCGAAUUCACUAAGGCCCAAUUCACACCCGCGGCCCCGACGCUCCAGUUCAUCGAGAGCGACCUGACUUUCCGGACUGGCUCUCCCCAAGCCACAUGCAGUGGUAGACUUUUACUAUUGCCGCUGCGAAGCGAGCACGGUGGAGUUGAGUGGAAGGUCUGGAUUUUAAGCACCAAAUUGGAGAAUUUGGACUUGCAGCCUGAGAACGAAAGCUUGCUCUUGAAACCAUCUGAGCCGCUCAGUGGCGCAGAGACACUCGAGACAGAUGUUUUCAUCAUUGGAGGCGGCAAUGCGGCUGUCGCACUUGCUGCGAGGCUGAAGGCGUUGGGAGUCGCAAGCAUGAUGGGUGAGCGGAAUCCUAGACCCGGGGACAACUGGGACCGCCGCUACGAGUCUCUGAAGUUCCACAUCCCAACGUCGUUCUGCGAAUUACCGUACAUGAAUUACGAUAAGAUGCUGCAAACUCCUCAUCUGCUCACCCGAGCUGAACUCGGCGAACAGGUGCGGAGAUACGUCGACAGGUUCGGUUUGCAGAUGAUCAAUUCUGCCUCCAUACGAUCGGCCGAGUUUGACGAUCUGCAGAAGCGAUGGACCAUUGACCUUGAGACACCUGGCGGGAGGCGCACGGUGCGGAGCAAGCAUCUCGUCCAGGCCACUGGAGUUGGGUCACAGAUUCCAUAUACUCCUUCCAUAGCAGGCCGUGAAUUGUUCCAGGGAAUCAGCCUUCACUCUGCGGACUAUAAGAACGCCACCAAGGAUAUCAAGGACAAAGGCCUCAAGUCAGUCGUGGUUAUUGGCUCGGCCAACACAGCCUUCGAUGUCGUCCAAGACUGCCACGACGCCGGGCUACACACAACGAUCAACGCCCGCUCACCCACCUACGUAGUCCCCCUGGAUUACGUAUGUCACGAGAUGAGCUUGGGUGCCUACGACUCCCCCGCCGGGGUCGAGGCCAUCGACAAGAUGUUCCUCACCCUCCCGCAGGUCGUAGCCAGCCAGAUCUCCAAGGGACUCUUCGCCGCCCUGGCAUCCAACGAGCCCAACCGAUACGCCAAGCUCGCCGAAGCCGGCUUCCCCGUCUUCGACAGCGCGCACCCGGACGCGGACCUCAUGUCCAACCUGCUUGAGCAGGCCGGGGGCCACUACGUCGACGUCGGCACGACGAAGCUCAUCGAGGACGGCAGGGUCAGCGUCAAGGCCGGUGUGGAGCCGGUGGCGUACACUGCCACGGGGCUGAGGUUCUCCGACGGGACGACAGUCGACACCGACGCGGUGGUCUGGUGCACCGGGUUCGCCGACCGGGACACGCGAGUCCUGGCGUCUACUAUUCUCCCGCCUGAGACAGCUGCAAGGCUCGAUGGUACUUGGGGCCUUGACGAGGAGGGAGAGGUGCGAGGAAUGUGGAAGCGCCAGAGAGAGGUCGAGAACUAUUGGGUCACGGGUGGAUAUACACAGCAACAUCGUUAUUACUCGAGGACCUUGGCACUGCAGAUCAAGGCGGCUCUUGAGGGGUUGCUGCCACCGGCGUAUCUUGAGACGCCGUCGUCGUAACAGUGGCGAACGUCAUGCCUCUCGAUUCGGGUCCGAUGUGGGGCGCUUCGGCCCAAACACAUUCCUCAGAGUCUGCGCAUACAGUAUGUCUAAAACUCGCUUACGACUCUCAAGGUUGCAAUUGAUACGUGGAUGGGGCAGUGAAGACAUUAGCGCUGCGUUCGUCCGCUUCGGUUUUACUACACUAGUACCGGCUUCGAAAAUGAGCUACAGCCCAGGACCGCCUGAUUAUGAUCACUUCUGCACCGCACCGCAUCCAACUAGCCGCUCUUCCCCCUGCAAAUGUCUCGUUCGAGGAACCAAUAGGAUCGAUUAGGGUGUACCGGGGAUCAAUAAUAUGGCCCGUAGCAC